CACUGGCACCACAUACACAUAAAAGUCAUUUUGCCUAAAUGUUGUGGGAAAGUGAGUUUUGUGUGAGCUGCUGAACUGAAUUGAGAGAAAAAAAUCUGGGAAAUAUUUUAUUUGAUAUUAAGAAGUGCACAGGUCGCGGUCGCCGCCGUUGUCGUCGUUCUCAAGCUGUGCUCCAUUUACGUCAAUAACGUGUAAACAAACCAGAACCCAAAACUCGCGUACGCUAACGCCUCAAGCUUCCCAAGAUAUUGAAUUAACGCAAGAACCGUGGACGACGCCGCAGCCGAAACCGUCGCCGUGAUGCCCGGAGCCGGCACGUUCAAGUUGUUCAUCGGUAAUCUCGAUGAGAAGACGCAGGCAACCGAAUUGCGUGCGCUAUUCGAGAAAUACGGUACUGUCGUCGAAUGCGAUGUGGUGAAGAAUUAUGGCUUUGUGCACAUGGAAACCGAGCAACAGGGUCGCGAUGCCAUACAGAACUUGAACGGUUACGUUUUGAAUGAUAACGCCAUCAAGGUGGAGGCCGCUAAAAGUCGACGCGCCCCCAAUACGCCAACAACGAAAAUCUUCGUUGGAAAUCUUACCGACAAAACGCGUGCGCCGGAGGUGCGUGAACUAUUUCAGAAAUACGGCACCGUCGUCGAAUGCGACAUUGUGCGCAAUUAUGGGUUUGUCCAUUUGGAUUGUGUCGGUGAUGUGCAGGAUGCUAUCAAGGAGUUGAACGGUCGCGUUGUUGAUGGCCAGCCGCUGAAGGUGCAGGUGUCCACUAGUCGUGUACGCCCCAAACCGGGCAUGGGCGAUCCGGAGCAGUGUUAUCGUUGCGGCCGUUCCGGUCAUUGGUCGAAAGAGUGUCCGCGUUGGACAGGCACUGGUGGACGCGAGCCGCCACCACCGCUGAGCGCCGGCUACAGAGAUCGCAUGUACAGUCGUGAUCCGUAUCCGCCGCCACCGCCACCGCCGCCAUUCCUGCGUGAUCGCAUAAUGGACGGUUUUAGGGACUACGAUUACUAUGAUCGCCGUUUUGAGGAUACACGCGAUCUAUACGAACGUCGCUAUGCGUCAUCACGCAUGCGCGAUUUUCCACCGCCACCAAUUUCGCGUCGUGAACCCAUGCCACUGCCCCCACCGCUAAGCGGCAGUUUGCGCUCCUGUAGUGUCUCUCGUGGAUACGAUACCAUGUUCAGUAGGCGGUCUCCUCCGCCGCCACGCAGCAGUAACGGAAUGAGUCGCUAUGGCUCACCGACACCGCAUGGAUAUGAGGACUUUAGCCGUGAUUCUUUUGACGAGCGCAUGAUAUCGUCGCGUGGCAUGCGCGGUCCUUCGCCGCCAGGUCGCCGGUAUGCGCCCUACUGAGAUGAGUUUUACUAUAACGGCAGCAGCUGAGUGACAGCAGCAACAGAUUUGAGCGGUGCACUUGCAACAAGUGCACCAGCACUUGUACCCGUUUACAACUAUAAUGCUAUUAGCGGCUCAUCAUGUUGGCUCCUAUGCUGGUCGCCGACAAUUCAACAUUAUCACCAACUGCAGCAGUUGCCGUUCUUACAUAUGUGGAUACUACCACCUUGGUAGUCCCUUACACGUAGCAGCAAUAACAAAACAAAAGAAAUAUUCAUAGUCCCUUUAGGUAUCCCUAUCAUACUAAUCAUAAUUAUGUAGCAUUGUCUGACUGAUAAUGACGACGUCAAUGUUCUGCUGCUGGCAACCAAGAUUGCAGGCAUCACAGAAGUUGCAUCAUUAUUUCAUCAAAAGAGUUCAUUCUUAAGCGUAAAUAACUACGAACUAUUGGAUUUGUGUGAUUAGCAUAUAUAUAAACAAAUAAAAAGUUAAGCACCAAUGCAUGUUUGUGCGAUUGUGGAAAAAAUGAAAAA